AUGGCAUCCCGAGGCAGGACGGCACCCCUGACUUGGAGAACAGUGCUGGCCAGGCCCUCGUUCUGCCACAAGCUGCACCCGGUGACCGUGACCCCGCGGAGGCCACCGCAGCUCCGAAACGAAGGAGAUCACGGUCCCGCAGCCCCUCGGAAGGGCGGGGGGAGGCGGCUCCCGAGCCCCGCCGAGAACAAAGUUAGCAGCGCGCCAGCGCUCACGCCCGGUGCCAUCUGCUCGGGCACAGCCGGGUUCCGGGGCUGCCGGCGGAGCCGCCCGCCCUGGGGGUCCUGCCACCCCGCUGCCACCCACCUCCGGCUCUGUCCCGGCACCCCGAGCUCUCCCGUAGCCCCUUCCCCGCCGUUCCCAGGCGGACGCCGCCAGCUCCCCCGGGAGCGGGGUCACCGCUGGCUCCGCCGCACCGGCAGCCCCUUCGGAAGGACGACCCCGACUCCCAACCCCACCCCCAGACCCGACCCAAAGCCGACCCUCGGUGUCCGGGACGGCGGCGCACGGCGGGGCGAGCAGCACAACCCGGAGCGCACCGACGGAGCGCCCCACCGUGCAGCACCCCGGGGAGGCACCGCGGCCACCGGCAGCCGGGAGCGCACCCCAGCCCGCGCCCCCCGCCGCGGAGCUCUGCCGGUGCCGGUGCGGAUCUGUGGCUUUAAGAGCGGCCGCUCCGGGGCCAUGUGCUCGGCGCCAAACAAAAGCAAUAACAAAGGCGGCCGCCGGACCCCGCCGCCGCCGCCCGGGGCAGGUGCUGUCGGGGGUCCGGGGGCCGGCCCCCGCCCCCGCCCCGCUCCCGCCCCCCCCGGCCCGCACCUGCUCCUCCUCCCGGGGCUCCUGCCUGGCCCCGGGGACCCACCUGCCCCGCCGGGCUCUGCCCUGCGCAUCUCCCCGGGGCACAAAACCCCACCUCGAGGGGGGCCUCGAGGUCCUGGGGCAUCAGAGCCGACAUGGGCGCAGGUGAUAGAGGGACAGAGCAAGGCACUGGCACAGGACGGCGAGAAGGGACAACUUUCCGAAGAGUUUCACCACUCCCCCUCCCGUCCCUUAUCCCACGCCGGAGCUUGCCCCGAGCUGGCACAGUUUACCGGAUCCGGGGAAACGGCGAACGGGACACCGCGAGGUGCCAAGUGGGACGAGGACACAGCCAGUCAGAAGCCCCUGACUGAAGCCAAACAACCAGGCUCAGCAGAAGCCCCUGACUCCCACCCGGCCGGGGUCGCGGGAGACCCCAAGGGGCUCCGGCCGGGGCAGGCUCGGAGAGCCCCCAUGGGCAGCAGCGCUCCGGCUCCCUCCCCGCUGCCCCCCUGUCCCCGCGGGGCUCCCCCAGCAGCGGGGGCUCCUCCCACCGCCCUGCGGCUGCACCGGGCCUGGCUGCGCUUUGCGGCCGCUUCCCCGAGCCCCAAUGCCCCGGCAGCCGCCACCUCCGCCCGCGCCGGCCAUCCGCCCCCUCCGCGCACCGGGCCCGGCCGGGCCCGGCCGCCCCGCCGCACCGGGCCGCGCUCGCUCCUCCGCCCGCCGCACCGGGCCCCGCAGCCCUGCAUCCGCCCCAUCGCUCUGGGCCCUGCCCGCCGCCCUCCCCGUCCCGCUGCCCCGAGGCUGCCCUCCCCAUUCCCCCAGCCCCGGGCCCUGCCCGCCGCCUCCCCCUGGUGCCCCGGCCCUGCCCCGCACAGCCCGGGCCUGCGGCCGCCGCCGCGCCCCGUACCUUCGGGAGGCGCGCCCCCGGCGCUCGGUGCCGUGCCCCGGCGCUGCCCGCCCCUCAGCCCGCUCGCAUGGCGCGGCGGCCGGGCCCGCCGGGCUCCGUGUCCGUCCCGGUGCCGGUGCCAGUCCCGGUGCCGCUCCCGCUCCGGCCUCAGCCCCGCCUCAUGGCGCCCCCGCGCCCGCCCGCCGAUGGAACCGGCCGCGCCGCGCUGCCCCCCCUCCCCGCGCAGCACCGCCUCCCCCCCCCCCCCGCGCCGCGCCGAUGGGCGCGCCCGCCGCCUCCUGCCGUAA